AUGCCAGGUUCCGUGAACGAGUCCCUCCAUGAACUGAGCGUGAAGUAUCCAUGGUUUCAGGUAUCUCCUCUCCAUUGGACAGCUCACCAUCUCGAGUUGCUGGGAUGCGCAUUCAUGAAGGUUGAAGCUGCCAACGACACCCAAGGCAAUUAUCCCCAACAAGAUGGUAGACUAACAUACUACGCUACCCGCCUGGCGACAACACCAGUCGAAAACAUGAAGCAUCACUACGUGCGUUCAUUAUUUAGAAGAACGAAUGUUUUGGAAUAUGUUCUUGUCACGGCGGCGUUCCACUACGGUGGAAGACUUGUCCAUGUACCACAGUGUAGUGCUUUCCGUAUUGCCGGACAUAUCAAUGUCCCGUAUCCGGAGCCUAUCGUAGGCUACUACUGCUACGAUGCGGAAGAGGGCCGUGAGGCGCGGUUCACUGCUCGGGCUGGCCCCCCGGGUAUCGAGAACCUUCCAGUCCAGCGACUCUACGACAGAAGACUCGCCAGAGUCACCCCUGUAGAGUGGGUCAAGGACCCUUAUCUUGUCUGUGUGAUCUUGAGCUUGGCUCAGAUCCAGUGGCGAUCUGAUGCCACAAGACAGCCUCGCCCGUAUCUCGUCCGUUUGCUCGCCACCAACAAGGAUGAGCAGGAAAACGCCUACGUGUACAAAGCGGACGUCCCUUCCCAACUCAUGGAGUGCCUCAACUCUCCUACCCGGUCCUUGAGCGACUUGAUUUUCCCCACCAUCAUGGUAACCAAGGUUUCGUUCGAACCAUUCGAGACCUUUGGCGGCCGUGCUGUGGAGGCACUUGUCGGCUCCCAGUACCGUUGA